UUAAUCUCGACUCCAUAACAACAACAAAAACCCCACAAAGUUUCGUUUCGUCGCAUGCUUUACGAUACCAACCCCCCCCCACCCACCACCCAUUUAGCGACGCGUCAGGUUAAACUAAAUACAUUUGUGUGUGUGUUGUUUUUUUAAAGAGUACACGAUUGCUGUUGCUAAAGUUCUCGUUGGUUUUUUUUUGCCACGAGCGUCGUUGGCUCCCACGUUGUAAAGAUUUCGUAAGCGUUUAAUAAAUUAAGCCUCGCUUCGUCGUCGUCUUCGCCGCUGCCGCUGCUGCUGUUGUAGAGGGCCCAGCGGAGCGGCUGCCCUGGACACCACCGCGAGGGCAUGGCGAGCAGCCAGGACCCCCCACAGACGCUCACCCUGUACGAGCGGGGAGAGGGGGGGCUCACGUACCGCAUCCCCGCCCUCCUGUACCUGCCCCAAGACCGCGCCGCGCUGGCCUUCGCCGAGAGACGCUCCUCCCCCUUGGACGAGCACGCCGAGCACCUGGUGGUGCGCAGGGUCAAGCUGGCGGAGGAUGAAGCCGGAGUCCUCAAGUCACACCUUUACUUUGAUUCAGGUUUCAAUUGCACCUGUUGUAAAACACAAAAAUCGAUUACACUUUUAUUCACUAUUCUGAUGAUGCAGAUCGAAAAUGCAGGAAAGAUACAAGAGCUGACUUUGGCAACGAUGCCUGGGCAUCGCACCAUGAACCCAUGCCCAGUGCUCGUGGAGGAAAAGCUUUUCCUCUUCUUCAUAACCGUACCGACCGGCCUGUCGGAGGGAGAACAGCUGACGUCCGGAGAGAACGCGGCGAGGCUGGCCUACGUCUGCAGCACCGACCGCGGCGUCACCUGGGGCGCCGCGGUCGAUCCGACCGACGCGGUUCUGGGGCCGCGCGUGGGCCGCUGGGCCACGUUCGCACUGGGCCCCGGCCACGGCCUCCACCUGCCGGCCAGCUCGGGCAGCCGCACCAAGCUCGGGCGGAUCUUAAUCCCCGCCUACGCCUACUUCAAAAGGGAUGUCCACAAGAAUGACUCGCAGCCGCGCUCGUUCUCCAUCUAUAGCGAUGACGCGGGGGUCACGUGGAAGGCCGGUGAUCCGGUGGGGGGGGCCCUCCACACGUGCGAAUGUCAGGUGGCGAAGGUUUCCGACGAGGCCGGACAACCCGUCGUGAUCUGCAACAGCCGCACGCUGGGCCACGAGUUCCGUGCUCAGGCCGUCAGCGACGACCUGGGGAGGUCCUUCAGAGAGGGCACGGUUGUGCCCAGGCUGGUCGAAGAUUGCAACGGCUGCCACGGAAGCAUCAUCGGCUUCUUGCCCGAGCUGCAGGGCGACACGACGCCCAAGCACUGGCUCCUCUAUUCCCACCCGUCCAAACCCAAGAAGCGUCUGGAUCUGGGCGUCUACCUCAACAGGUCGCCCUUGUCCCCCGAAAAUUGGAGCGAUCCUUGGGUGAUUUUCAGAGGCCCCAGCGGGUACUCGGACCUGGCCGUUCUCGGCAAGACGGAGGGGGGAGGCCUGUGGUUCGGGUGCCUUUACGAGUGCGGUGAGAAAUAUUCCUGGGAUAAAAUCAACCUCGCCAUGUUCCCGCUAUCCCACGUUGAAAGACAUACUUAAGUCGUAAAAGAUGUGAGUGGUAGUGGAGAGGGGUGGCUGGUUGGCUCAGGAGUCAUCCCUGUGAACUAGCAACGUUGAGACCGUGUUCCAUUCGUGACAGCGCGACCUAUGCUGUAUCCGCGUUCUCAAUCGGAGAGAGAGAUGCUAGUAUCAAACCCAGUUACAAAUGACCGCACUGUUUAAAAUUUGGCUGAUCACCGUUGUGAAUGUGGUUUAGUGAAGCUUUCGAAGUGACAAAUGAACAAUAUUGGCAGGAAAUGACAGAUUGUGCCCCUCGCGUGAAA